CGUCCGAAUCGGCCCACGAAGUCAACAAAAUGCAUUUCAAACAAAUCGCCAUCGUCGCUCCCCUGCUUUUCGUCGGCAUCUAUGCUGCUCCUACUCCAGUGACUGAAGGCAAGCGGGAUGCUGAACUUGUUUCUGACAAUAUCUGGACCCGCGAUGCCGAACUUGAAUCCGACAACAUCUGGACUAAGAAACGCGAUGCCGAGCUCGAGUCUGACAACAUUUGGACUAAGAAGCGGGAGGCGGAGCUAGAUGCCGACAACAUCUGGACUAAGAAGCGGGAUGCGGAGCUCGAGUCUGACAACAUCUGGACUCGCGAUACAGAGCUUGAUUCCGACAACAUCUGGACCAAGAAGAGGGAUGCUGAGUUGGACGCUGACAACAUUUGGACCAAGUAAGCGCGUUGUUGCUGACUCCGGAGUGGAGUAGAAUAAGUUUGGUCAUGCGUGCCUCUUAUCGGUCGUAUCAAAGCAAAUGGGGCAACUUGGUCCUCAUUAAGUGGGUAG